AUGAUCGCGCGUACCGAGCGGCGUGUACCGGUCCGGAUCGCGCGGCAGCGCGGUACAGAUGUGCUGCUGGGACGUGUAUCGCUAAAAUUAUGUCUGAAUGCCGUGUGCUGUGCGAGUCCAGAGCUCCUACUCGACAAGAGCAACGACUACAUUGUCUACGCCGUGGACCCCGAGGAGUCGCCACGGCCCGUUUCUGUGCUCGCGAGCCCACGCCGGGCUCCGGGGGCGCAAGUGUUCGUUGGAAAAGGCUUCUUCAGCGGCGGCCUCGAGGAGCCGGGCGACGGCACCUCUCAUGUCACCGGGCCGGUCCGCACCGAGGCACGGAACAGCUCCGCGUUUUCGUCAGAUGAGGAGGAUGUGCCAGGCACCGAUGUGCUCGAGAUUGUUCUGCGGCUCAAAGAAGCAUCGCAGCGUGGGCGUGAGCAAUACCAGCACCGGAUGCGUGGUAUGGCAUCCACGGCGCUUGUGCCGAGUCCAGGCGGUGCCUCCAAAGCAGCGGAGCCGUCCUCAACCGAGUCAUCGCCCCCUGUGGCGGCCCCGGCGCUGGCGUCGUCGCCGUCCCCGUCGAACCAGGCCGGUGCACAGGUGCUGCAGGUGCUGCAGGCCAUGCAGGCGCACCAAGGCUCUCUAACGAGCGAGCAGCAGGCGCACCUGAUGGGCCUCCUGGGCAUGGUGGCGGAGGCCAUGCAGAGCGGUGUGAUCCCCACGCCGAGUGAGACGGCCACGCCCCCCGCCCAUGCAACGCCCAAGCCGUCGCAGAAUGAGAGCAAGUCAGCGCGUGCGCAGCGGCCUGGUUUGCGCGAUACCCGCACGGAGCUGCCGCGGAUCUGCUACAACUGUGGGACGCGGCAUGCGACGACAUGGCGCAUCCUGACGCUGCCUGCUGGCGUCACGAUUCAUCACCCCGCGAGCGAGCGCCCGCCCAGUGAUGCUGUGCCGCUGACAUGGACGCCGCAGUAUGGUGAUCAGGGACCGAUCGAGACACACUCGGAGGCGCGGUGGCAGGCGUGCAAUCCGUGCGGCCUGUACUUUGCCAAGUACGGUGUUGCGCGUCCCGACUAUGUGCGCAACUUUGUGGCGCGCCCCGGCAAAGACGAGAAGAAACGUGAUACCCAGGCCAAGGCGCUGCCGGAGCGCCCGAAGCGACCUAAGAGCACGACCGACACGCCACGCUCGAGUCUCGCGCGUACAUUGAGUGCUGUGGCGAACCGCGACGCGGAGCGCCUCCAGCAGCGCCGCGACGAGAAUGUGCCACCGGCGAGAAGCCCGCCGCCGGCGCUGCGCGCCGGUGUGUCUCCCGCCGCCCACUACAAAAGUCCGCGCCGGACGUCACGUCCGAGUGCCUUUACGAGUCCAUCAGCCGGCUUUGGCAUCCCGUCGGCUAUGAUGAAUUCGUCGCCGAACACGGUGCUGAACACCCUCAUGAACGAGGCCGAUAUGGACUUCGACGAUCAGCAGGCAAUGGCCGCGUCGCCGCGAUGUCACGGCCAUCCUAAGCCGAUGUCGAGCCCGGUGCGCCGCAGUCCGCGGAAGCAGCCGCCGGGUACGGUGGCUGACGUCAAUCCGUAUGCGUCAACGGCGCACUCGGCGUCGUCACCGAUGCCCAAAAAGGCUCGCACAGAGGCGAGGCGCGAUGCGCUCACAUCGCCGGCGCGUAUGCUGCCACCUGUGAAUCCGUUUAUGGGCUUGGGCAUGCUGGACGAAGAAGCGGAUAUGCUGGGUGGUCCGCCGAGCCCCAGUGCGGGGCGAACCUCGCGUGCAAAGCCUGCGCCCAAGCGCGAGGUGCGUACGCCGAGCCGGUUGCCGAAUGGCGAGGCAUGGCAGCCUUCGGUGCCGAGUCCGACAACGCUGGGCCUGGGCGAGGCGUUGCCGUUAACCCUCGGCGAGAGUGGGCCGGGCAUGAAGGAGCUGUUUGCGGAUCCGGCACCGUGGAUGGCAGUGUGGGACGCCCGCGAAGACGCGCCGCCUGCGGCGAGCGCCGAGGCCCCUGGCCCUGAUUCUCAUACGCGAGAACCCGCUUCGCGUGCGCUCACGGAGCCGCCUGCGCGCCAGCCCCGCUCAACCACGGUGGAAGACGCCUCGUCGACGCCCUCGGGCUCGCCCGCCGGGUCGCCACCAGAGGAGGAGUCGCUGGUCGACCUGAUCGAGGAUCCGUAUGGCCUCCUAUCGGCGUGUGGACUGGGUGUGCUGCCCGGCACUGUGGGCGAGUCUGGUGACGCACUGACCGUGAGCGAUGGAACGGGGCCGAGUGGGUUUAGUGCGGACGCCUUUAAUGGUAUUGAGCUGCAUGGUGCGCCGGCGUUUGCGCAGCACCUCGAGGCGUUCACGCAAAGUGGCGGGCUUGGUGUGGCCGCCCAUAUGGGCGCGCCGCGCGAGGCGGGUGUGGCUGCUCUGCCAGGCCCCCAUGUCCAGUCGUUUGGACAUGUGAGCAAGCCGACUGAAACGGCAGGCACCGACUUGGAGGCGUUCCUGGACGACCCCACUGUGCAAGCGAUGCUGACGAAUCUGAACGAGGUGCCUUCGCACGGCCCUACGCCGCUGCUCACGUCCUAA